GUGUCCUGCUGUUUGGAGCAGAAACAGUUUAACGCUGAUUACAGUGGAGCGCAGCUCUGCCCUGGCUGGACAAAGGCUGAAAAUGAAGAGCAGUGAUAUUCUGUCACAAAAACAAUGCUUCUUCUUCUUUUUGGUUCUGGGAGUUGUGCUGCUUUACUGCAGCACAAACAUAAGGAACAUGGUACCUGUCUGGAACCUUAAAUGGUCGAUGCAAAAUAAUUCAACAAACUCCGCUGCUGAACUUCCUGAAACUACGAGCGUCGCCACAACGCAGGAGCCAACGACUCAACGGCAGAGUACAGUUUCAUCACGAGUCACCAAGAAGACACCAGAAACCCAGACUGCCCAACGGAUAGCGGCUCCUUAUGUGUCUCCUGGACCGUACUUGGUGGAGUACCCCUAUGAGUACCACUUCACUAUCAACGAGGAACUGAAAUGUAAGCAGGAGAAUCCGUUUGUGGUUCUGAUGGUACAAGUGGCGCCACGCAACCGAGCUCAUCGCGACAUCGUCCGUAACAGCUGGGGAAGUGAGAAGCUGGUUAACAACCAAGUGGUGGCGCUGGUCUUCCUGCUGGGGAUGCAGACUGGAGACGAUGCAGAGCAGGUCCACCGGCAGCUGCUGCAGGAGAGCAGAGAGCAUCACGACCUCAUCCAGGGAGACUUUGUGGACUGCUACAAGAACCUGACCAUAAAGACCAUGGUGAUGCUGGAGUGGCUGAACUCCUACUGCUCCAGCGCCGCUUACGCCAUGAAAAUCGAUUCAGACAUGUUUCUAAAUGUUCCCAAUCUGGUCAACUUGCUCCUCAAAGCUCCAAGGACAAACUACAUGACCGGUCUGGUGACACAUGCAGAACGAGUCUCCAGAGAUCCCAAUUUCAAGUUCUACAUGCCUGUUGAUCUUAUGAGCGAAGAUGUUUAUCCUCCCUAUGCUUACGGUCUGGGCUACAUUUUGUCUUUGGAUCUCACCAAAAAGCUCGUUGAGGCUUCCAGACACGUUAAGGCUCUUUACAUUGAAGAUGUAUAUUUGGGUUUAUGUAUGAGACAGCUGGGUAUCCGUCCAACAGAUCCCCCAGAUUGGAACCUCUUCCACCUUCGUGCUCUGAGUUACAGUCGCUGUGAAUUCUCCAAGAUUAUUGCGACCACAACUCUGGAAAAUAUGGACCUUCUUUGGACUUGGAGAGACUUUAAGAAACCGGGUCCGUACUGUUGAUUAAUAAAAAGUGUAGCAGAAGAAAAUAAUCACCUUCUCCUGGCCCGCUGUGUCUCUCGUCAGGCCUUCAUCCACCGCAUCCCUUCUGCCCACAGUGACCCUGACCUGCCUUCUCCUACCAGCUCCCCAUCAUCUAACGCUCUGUCGCCCCCUGCUGGUCUCCCUCUUCCAGUUUCCUUCCAUCCCACUCGUAGCGACCCCAGUUGACCCUCAUCUUUCAUUUCUUCUUCAUUUCUUCUAUCUCUGUUUCGUCACCUUCUCCCGUUUCGAUUCUAACUAAACGUCUGAGUCAGAGCGAUUUCCUCUUUCUUCUACAGUCCCAGUGUUUAUCCCUCAGGCUCAGCAAAAUGUGCACCUACUGCAAUGAAAUAUUUUAUAUAUUGAGGAGAUGUUAUAGUUUAAUGUUUUCAUCCAUUUGUUUUAUUUUGUUUUUGUUGGUAAAUUUAAAACAUGAUGUAAGAAAUGAGUUGAUUUUCUUGCAGGUUUUGUUUUAAAGGAAACUCAGGGAACCUUCAUGUUUAUAUCAAAAUGUGAUGGAAAAUAUUUCAUCUUAAUUUUCUUCUGCUUUUUUCCUCACUAAUAAGCAUCACAUUUGGUUUUGUUUGGGAUCUUUUAGUCUUUACAUUUUAUUGGUGACGGUGGAAGUCAAAGAACAGUGAAAAACUCUUGUGUGUGAAUAAAGAUCGUCUUUAUUCACAAGAA